GAUUCACGAUUGUAAUCAAAUCAUCCCCUAACUCUUCGGGAAUUAUGGAUCCUAUUUCUAAAAGUCUUUAUGCAGUCAACGAUGAAAAUAACAGCAGUACACAAAAUUGGAGUCAAGAUCCAGAUUUAACAGAUCAGAAUCAAGUCCCCUUAUCUACAACUGCAAUUCAGUCUGUUUCAGAUGAUGAUAACCAACCCAUUGUUGAACAACCGUUUAAAAAGCCGAAAUUGAUUAAUAUGCACAAUGUAGAUUCAUCACAAACUAAACAAGGUGAAUCUAAUUUAUCUAAUAUUAUUUCAGUCAUUGAUCAUUCAUCUGUUCCUUCAUCAUCUACUCGUAUAUCAGAAACUGUAACAAAUCAAUGUGAAGUUGAAAUUUUAACUAAUACUAAUUUAUUAGAUGAUGAAGAAACAGUUGAAGAUGAUGAAGAUGAAGAAGAGGUGGAAGAAGAUGAUGAGGAGGAGGAAGAAGAGGACGAUGAAGAUGACAGCGCUACUGUACUUGGUGAUGCAGAUACUGAAUCUGUUGUCAGUGAAAUUCUAUCAUCUGCACUACUACAAGAAAAAGAAGCAAGAAAAAUAGAAGAUCGUAAAUUACUAGCUUUAUUGGCACAUUUUGAUGAAGAACAGUUAAAUCGAUUCGAAACAUUUCGAAGAGCUACAUUUACUAAAGCUGUAGUAAGACGACUAAUACAAUCUGUAGCUCCAUGUUCAAUUUCACAAAAUGUAGUUAUUGCUAUGGCUGGUUUAACAAAAGUUUUUAUUGGAGAAUUAGUUGAAGAAGCAUUAAAUUACAAAGAACAAUUAGGUGAAAAUGGACCGUUAAAACCAAAGCAUAUUAGAGAAGCUUAUCGUAUAUUAUCAAAUGAACGACGAUGCUGUACAGAAACACCAGAAAAUCCUCUUUUAUAACAUGUUUGUAUAUGUGUUUUAAGGUUCUUUUUAUCUUUAUCAAUGGGUUAAUGUAUUUUAACUUCCCUAAAUAAAAAAAGAACACUUGUAAUUGUUAGUUUACUUAAUGCUGGGAAACGGUUAACCACUGACUAAACUACAUUAAUAUGCACUAGUUUAUAUAACAUUAAAAUUUAUGCCUAUACUUUGGAGACUGAAGAUAAUAUUUGAAUUUGGUGACUGUUUAAUACAAAUUUACAGUCAAAAAGAAUAUAAAUUAAUUUUUUACUGUUAUAACUUGUGGCCUGUGUGCCCUGUUAAUGUAUAACGUAAUGAUACUGCCAAUUAGAGAGCAGUGAAUUAUCGACCAGACCAACGACGUAUAAAAGCCGUGAGAGCAGUUUAGAGUCCUGAUUGGUCCUGCUUCGUGCCUAGCCCAGCCAGUUAAGUCCAGAACACCAAUCUCAGCCUCUACAAUAUGAAUCAUGUAUUUCAAACAUACUCAGUUUAUAUACCAAUCAAAC